GAAGACACUCGAUUUGUUCUCUUCAACUGCUCGACGGGGCCUGACUUUGAAUGGAUAUUAAAUACUCAAAUGCGGAUCAAAACUGGCACUAUAGAAGCUGAAGUGUUGAAAGUUGUCGAUAAGGACGUCUUUGAAUUCUAUCCGCAAUGUGAUCCAAUCUCUAUAGAAAUUAUGAGUGACGUUAUAGCAACAGUAAAAUUUGAAAUAAGAAUUUUGAAUAAGGUGAUUGAGCAACUUCCCAACUUCGACCAGGGUGACUUAACCAUUCGCUUUGAUGACGGUUCCAGUGUUCAAGUCUACAGACAUCUGCUGAGCUUGCAUUCGUCGUACAUGAGGAAAUGUAUGCAAGACUCUAUGAUCACAUGUGUAGAAGAUUUUGCGCGAGAACCCUUUAUUGAGAUGUUAUAUCAGAUGUACCCUACGCUUCGUCCAAUCUAUCGAAAUAUUCGCGGACUUGCAAAGGCGGCUGUUGCCUUUCAAGUCAACCCGCUGGUCUAUAAACUAUCCAAACAUUUGGUCAACUUCAAUACCAGAGCCAUGUACCCUACGCUUCGUCCAAUCUACCGGAAUAUUCGCGGACUUGCAAAGGCGGCUGUUGCCUUUCAAGUCAACCCGCUGAUCUAUAAACUAUCCAAACAUUUGGUCAACUUCAAUACCAGAGCCAUGUCACUCGAACAAAAACUGCGCGCAGCGCUUGAUUUGGAGCUAUGUCCAGCUGUUGAAGAGUUGGUUUACAGGGCAGCGCAAGAUGGAGUGUGGAGCCAUUUGAUUAAGCUCGGCUUUGAACCUGAGAUAUUCUUUGGACCAGAAGUGUAUAAAAAAGUGGUUUGCCCUGCAAUAAUUGCGGUUAGACCCAUCAAAUCAGAAAAGUAUCAGCAAACCCACUAUACGUGUAUUUAA